GGGGAGUGGUUAAAGGGGGUUUAAAGCAAAGAAGAAAACACAAACUCAAAUCUCAUCCACGAUGAGCAUAUCAAAAGAGUUCGCGUCGUGGUUCUCUCCAUCAUAUGUCAAGCUCGCAACCGCUCCACGGGUCGGCGACAAAGCCCCCUCAGACCCAAAGUUGGUAUUUCCCGCCAAAAACGCAAAGCCAACCGUCGUCGCAUUUCUCCGUCACUGCGGGUGUCCAUUCGCAGAGGCAACCUUCCUUGUGAUGCGUACUGCAGCUACUCAGCACCCGGAUAUCAACUUCAUCGCCAUAUCGCAUAGUGACCAGCGAGCUACCGAGAAAUGGCUGAAUGAGCUUGACGGUCCGGGCUCGGUGACCGUCGUCGUCGAUGCGGAGCGUGAAAUCUACGCGAAAUGGGGCUUGGGAGUGGUCUCGUUGAGUCAUGUUCUGAGCCCGGCGUCGCUGGUGAAUGCGUGGAAGCUCGGGAAGGAGCAGGGAAUCUGGAAUAGGCCUACGGAGAGUGGAAGUAGAUGGCAGUCCAGUGGGUACUGGGCUAUUGAUCAAGAGGGCCAUGUGCGGUGGGGAGGUCCUGCGGCCAGGGCUGAUGAUGUGUUGAAUGUUGAUGAAGCUUUGAAGGCGCUGCAAAGGCCUCUUGAGAGGCUUUAAGAGACUAGAGUAUUUCAUAGGGGAGGUUCGAAAGGGAGCAAGUAAUAAUUGGUCAAAUGUAGCACUAGUCAUAUCCUUUCUUGGCAUGAAACACGU